AAUUCUGGAAAAAUGGAUACAGCGGGGGGUUCUCAUCUAUCUAUAACUAUCCUAUCUCAUUAUACACAACUUGAACAGUGACCUAACAGAAAAAGACUCCACUUGUAAAAAACAAUGGCAAGAUCAACGUCAAACCAUCUAUUCAACACGAUGGAUAUCUUAGUUUUGGCUGUCCUAGGCCUAGGAACCGUUACAUGGUUGAGUCGACGACACAUUACUGACAGAUUCUUUGGAUCGGGUAAAAACCCAGCGAUGAAACCUGCCGAUGGUGAUCUCAAAACUGCACCUGUCAAAAAAGAGCGCAAUUUUGUCAAGGUGAUGCAGGAACAGGGCCGUAAAGUCAUUUUUUUCUAUGGUUCUCAAACGGGCACUGCUGAAGAUUAUGCAUCACGACUGGCUAAAGAAUGCUCACAAAAGUAUGGAGUAAGUGCGAUGACCGCUGAUAUUGAACUGUACGACCUCAGCUAUCUUGACACUGUACCUGAAGACUGCUUGGUCUUUUUUGUCAUGGCUACUUAUGGUGAAGGCGAGCCCACCGAUAAUGCUGUUGAUUUCUGGGACAUGCUUGCUGAGGAUCAGCCUUUAUUCUCAGCCGCCGCUGAUGAAGCAGAAGAGAACGAAAAGCCCCUCAAGAAUUUACGAUACAUUGCUUUCGGAUUGGGAAAUAAGACAUACGAACACUAUAAUGAAGUGAUACGUAGCAUUGAUAGGCGUUUGUUGGCCUUGGGUGCCAACAGAGUCGGCGAACGUGGUGAAGGUGAUGACGAUGGCUCUCUAGAAGAAGACUUUUUGGCUUGGCAAGAAGAAAUGUGGCCUGCAUUCUGUGAAGCCCUCGGCGUGGACGAAAACAAUGCUCCAUCCGGCCCCCGACAAGCUACUUAUACUGUAGAAGAGUUGACUGAUUUUGAUAAGGCAAAACUUUAUCUCGGUGAAUUGGCUGAAUGGAUCGAAGAAGGAGGUCGUGUCGUUUAUGACGCCAAACGUCCUUACAAUGCACCAGUGACUUCAAAAGAGCUAUUUCAGGGCGGAGACCGUCAUUGUUUACACCUCGAAAUUGAUAUCUCAAACACCAACCUCACUUACCAAACCGGGGAUCAUGUUGCUCUCUGGCCAACCAACAAUGAAGUAGAAGUGGAAAGACUUGCCAAGGCAUUAGGGUUAAUGGAUAAAUUAGAUACAGCUGUCCGUGUUCAGGCCGCUGAUGCAGCUGCUUCCAAAAAGUCCCCUUUCCCAAUUCCUACCACUUACCGUGCUAUCUUCCGUCAUUAUGUGGAUAUCUGCUCUGCCGUGUCGCGCCAAACACUCAUGUCUUUGACUGAAUAUGCACCUUCAGAAAAAUCAAAAGAAUUACUUCGUCAACUGGCUUCUGACAAAGAGGAAUACCGUAAACGCGUGGCCGAUGUCACUCGCAACUUGGGAGAAGUGUUGGAAAUGCUGGCCGCCGCAGAGUCGAUGGAGCUCGAGGGUAGUUUUUCAGCCAUUCCUUUCGAUUUGAUCGUAGAAAGCAUUCCUCGUUUACAACCCCGUUAUUACUCUAUUUCCUCCUCAUCCAAAGAAUCACCCAAGACCAUCGCCGUGACGGCCGUCACAUUACAAUAUACUCCUGAAACAUCCCAUCCUCGCACUGUCUACGGUGUCAAUACAAAUUACUUGUGGAAAUUACACGAGGCCAUCCAUGGAUUGGAACCACACCCGGAUGUUCCUUUAUACAGCUUGGGUGGUCCUCGCGAUGCCUUGUACGAUGCAGAAAACAAAGUGGCUAAAAUUCCUGUUCACGUCCGUCGCUCUCAAUUCAAACUUCCUCGAAACCCCACUGUUCCUGUCAUUAUGGUAGGCCCUGGUACCGGUGUAGCUCCGUUUCGCGGUUUUGUCCGUGAGCGUGCUCUGCAAAAGAAAGCAGGUCAGCCUGUAGGUCCUACCAUCCUUUACUUUGGUUGCCGAAAUUCUGCGGAGGACUUUUUGUAUGCCAACGAAUGGCCCGAGCUCUUUGACACUUUGGGAGAACCCUCUCGUAUUAUUACUGCUUUUUCUCGUGAAACGGAUAAAAAGAUAUAUGUUCAACAUCGUUUGAUGGAAUUUGGAGAGGAAAUGUGGAGCUUGAUUGAGAAAGGAGCUUAUGUUUACGUCUGCGGUGAUGCCAAGCAUAUGGCUCGUGACGUCAAUCAGACCUUUGUUCAAUUUGCUCAAAGCUUUGGUGGCUUGGAAGAACAGAAAGCUCAGGACUAUGUAAAAAGCUUGAGAAGCACAGGUCGCUAUCAAGAAGAUGUCUGGAGUUAACCUCAUCCUACUGUACUUAUUAGAUAGCAUAUCACUUAUAGAAAACCCUUGUAAUUUUACUUAUAAUAAUACAUAUAUCCUCCCCUUGCCUCUGUCUGACGUCUAAUACAUUUACUACAAUUCCACUAACCUACUAAAG